UGUAUUAAAGGUGAAGAAGAGUUUUCAACAGCAUCGGCCUCUCCGCCUGGUCGAAAGAGUACAUACUGUCUGUCUUGAAGGUGAAUGGGAACCUGUUUUACAGUCGGUUCCCUGCCGGUGAUGGGAAAUUCCAGAAGACGCCAAGCUGCAUCAGAAGAGCCAAUGUACCGCCGUGUGACAAACUGUUUGACUUCGUUUUCGUCUUCUUCCUCUCGGGCCACAGAAACACGACUGGGAUGUUCGCUCGGAUGAUACGGUCGACCUCAGAGCUCUGCAUUGCACCGUUCUCUACCCGAAAGGCCACAUGAGCAUGGGGUCGCGCAGAAGCUCAAGGAGUUUCAACUGGAAAACUCUGUUUAUAACAGCUGGUUCCCCGCUCGGAUUGUCAGGGGAGAGCGUGCGCUGGUGUGCCUCCGGGGGCACGUACAGUGUCUGGUGUCGGCAUACGUGCACCGUAACCACUAUUACUUCCUCGACCUCGACCCCUUCCACGCCCUCUUGAUGGAGCCGGAGGGGCAACAGGAACGACUGGUGGGGCUGAAGCCGCCGGAUAUGUAGCAGGUGAGUUGCGGAUUUCUGCAGCAGCACGAACUUCAUCGAGUGGCGCUGAUCGGAGUCCCCCAGUACGAGCCCCAUCACGCUGGCUAUGGAAAAUGAAAUUGAGCUUUUCCUCCUCGUACCUUGCAUACAUAUCAACAAGCCACGUUUCUGACAAUCUGCCAAACUGAGAAAAUCGUGGCUGGGAGAGGAGAAGGCAGCGGGUAUAGUCGAAUUGAGAAAGUUUGUUCCCAUAAUUAUCUAAUCUAUUUAUGUGCCAGCCUGGUGUACCAUGUGGGUAGAGCAAAGGAUAUUGAAAAGGUUCAAGGAGUGGAUGGAACGUGUCAAUUGACUGCGGAAAUGAAUUUUCCUCCCUUUUCCAAAUCGUUAACUUACGAGGAUUAUAAGUUGCAGGGUCUGUACAAAUCAACGCCGCUACCUCCCUUGACGUCCGCUGCUCUAAGAGGGGACCAUCUCUUUGUCUUGUUGUGUUUUCGAAGACAAGGCGUGCGUUUUCACUCUCAGCAGCACCGAGUUGUCGAAACAAAGGAAUAAGUGGGUUGUGCGUGUUGAGGUAGUCACAGAUGCUAAUUGCUACCAGCGGAUUAAGCGAAUGGGGUUCAAUAAAAUUUUCCAUGCGACUUUGCCCAUCGUCUACGUACAUGGCACUGUGAUUCGGGUAUGGCCCAUGCCAAUUGAUGUCAAAGACCCUGUGAUACACACGUCCCUGAAUUUUAAUAAAUGAAAGACCAACACGGGGGUGAUGGAAACCUUGUGGAAUGACUAAAGCCGAAAAAGCAUAUGCGUCGUUAAAGAGACGUGGAUUCCUUAAAAAUGCAGGGCUGCUGUAAAAGUCUGCAUCAAGGGGUGGGAUGUCUUUUUGAACGUUGAAAGCUCCACCCUUGCAGCACCAAGCUUUACGGUCAUAUUCUUCGUUAAAAAGUCGGGCUUUGCAAUGCGGGCACUUAAGACAAGUUGGAGAAAACAAGGAAUGAUUUUCGAGCGUGUACUCAGAGACCUUGUUAAGG